AUUUUAACCAUUUAAGUUACGCUCAGAUCCGUAGCUAUCAAGUCUUAAACGAAAAUCGUUAAAAUGCAAAAUUAGAAGAGUUGGCACACAAAUUAUGGACCAUAAAAUUUACAGCAGCCAAAGAGGUAUUGAGAUAAAUAGCUUAACACAGAUCAAAAUGAAGACAUUUCCAAGAAGGAAUUGGGGCCUUAUAUUUUGUGCAGAUAAGGUUCCAAUUCCAACUUCCUGCUUUCUCCACGCAUUAUCGUCUCUUACAGAGAAAUGGCAGAAGCUGGGCACCUUGUAGCAGCUGGAAAUGUCAACUCCAUUUCAAGUUCAUUCAAUAAGACUGCUGCACCCAAAUUUGCAACUCAAACAUUCAAAAUCAAAGCUUCUUCAAAGAGAAAUGAUAUCUCCUUGAGAAGAAGCAGCAAACCUCCACGGCGUCUGAUCACAAUAUCAACAGCAGGAAGCAUGUGGCAGGGGAAAUGGAGCUGUGAUUACCUGCUUUCCCUGCAAGACUUCAACUUAGAAGACUUAGUAGAAGAUGAACACAAAAACGCACACGUUUUCAUCAAUCUCUGUAUUGAGAAGCACGCAAGUUUCGGGUUUACCGUGGAUGGAAAGAUCAACACAUCCUUCACUCGAAAGUGCUGUACCUGUUCUUCACCAUACUGCAGAGAGACAAUGAUGGCAGCUAUUAGAUUAAAAAGUAUAGUAAUCUUCACAAUUUCCUUGUCAUCUCUAUCUCAUCUAUUCAUGAGGGUUCAAUUCAGCAGCAUCCCAACCGAGGUUCUAACACCUAAAAUCAUUUUAAUCCAACAGAUCAAUGCAAAUUUUAAUGUACUUGUUCUAUCAUCAAACAGAGCCAAACGGGAGACUACUCUUCCAGAAAUUGGAGGCGAUGAUCCAUCGGUGAUCUACGUUAAACCCGGACUUGAAGCUGAUCUAGAUUCAUUGGUACGUGACACAAUUAGGCUUACCACCUCCACAAAGGACACUUGCUCAGAGUUGUGUGAGAAAUCUCAACCCUCAGUGCAAUGUAAGUGGUCUUCAUGUCAUUCAAGCUUUCACACGCAAUCAGAAGUUGGGACUAACAGAGAAAUGUUAAUUGCAGAUAUUGGAGCACAGAAUGCUGCGUCUAUAGACAAGAGGUGGUCUAGGCUUCUGGAGCUUAGAAAAUCUCAUUCAUAGAUAACAAACAAUAUAUAAUACAGAAGUGGAACUAAAAUUAGUCUUGCCUUAACAAUUAUAUUUCUCUUUCACGUAAUGGGAGACCCUAUAAGUUACUACAGCUAGUAGGUAAUCAUAUAAUCGUCCUUCUUUUACCAAACCAUUUAUAAGAUGUUUCAAAUCAGUAGUAAUGGUAAUAUGGCUUAGCUAAACCAACCAGGACAACCAACAACCGAAUGCUGGAUGCAUAGCUUGAAGAUAUUGUAAAGUUACUAGCCAUUAAUGUUGGCAACCUUCAAAGGUCAUUAUCCCACUUUUUGCCCCCCCCCCCCCCCCC